AAAAUCCAAUGCACUAAUGUUUCUAAAAUUCAAAACCCCAAAACCUUAUAAUAUAUAUAGGGGUAAGCCGAUUAUACACAAACCUUUUUACUUCAUAACAAACCUGGCGAAGAACAGCACCCACUCUCCUCAGUCCUCGCUCCACCACUGCGGAACUCCCAAAAGUCGGAAACCAUGGUUUCGCUGACGGAAAUGCCAUCGGCGUCAUCCCUGUUCUCCGCCUACGCCUCCAUGACCGCCACAAUGAUGGUGUUCCGCUCCAUGUUCUACGAGCUCGUUCCGGCUCCCCUCCGCCUCUACCUCCUCUCCGCCGUCCGCUACCUCUUCAAGCCCCGCUCCUCCCUCCUCACCCUCGUCAUCGACGAAACCACCGCCUUCACCCGCAACCAGGUCUACGAUGCCGCCGAGACCUACCUGUGCACCAAAAUCAGCCCCUCCACCCAGCGCCUCCGCGUCAGCAAAACCCCCAAAGAGAAAUCCCUCACCGUCCGCUUUGAAAAGGGCGAGAACAUCUCCGAUUGCUUCGACGGAGUUUCCCUGAAUUGGAGGUUGGCCUGGGCGGAAACAGAGAAUCCCAAUAGCAACAGCAAUCACUCAAAUGCUUCCAGAUACGAGAAGCGAUUCUUCGAGUUGAGCUUCGACCGGAAGCACAAAGACAUGAUCUUGGACUCGUAUCUCCCGUUCGUACUCGAGAAAUCCAAGGCCAUUAAGGACGAAGAGAAGGCCGUGAGGCUGUUCAGCCUCGGCGGCUUGUAUCCGUGCAGCGGACUUCUCUGGGAAGGCAUCAAUCUGGACCACCCGGCGACGUUCGAGAAAUUGGCUAUGGACCCAGAUCAGAAGAGGGCUGUUGUGGAGGACUUGGAUCGGUUUGUGAGAAGGAAAGAGUUUUAUAGGAGAGUGGGGAGGGCUUGGAAGCGAGGGUACUUGCUGUACGGCCCUCCCGGCACCGGAAAAUCGAGUUUGAUCGCUGCAAUGGCUAAUUACCUCAAGUUUGAUGUAUACGAUUUGCAGCUUGCAAACGUAACGCGCGACUCCGACCUCAGAAAAUUGCUUCUGGCGACGACGAACAGGUCUAUUCUCGUGAUUGAGGACAUCGAUUGCAGCAUGCAGCCAACGGAACGCCGGCCGUUCGACGGGCGCAAGCCCCCUGAUUUGCAGCUGACCCUAUCCGGACUACUAAACUUCAUAGAUGGCCUCUGGUCCAGCUGCGGCGACGAGCGAAUCAUCGUAUUCACCACCAACCACAAGGAAAAGUUGGAUCCAGCCCUGCUGCGUCCGGGGCGAAUGGACAUGCACAUUCACAUGUCCUACUGUACUCCCUGCGGGUUCAAGCUCCUCGCUUCCAAUUACUUGGGCAUUUCCGGUCGCCAUAGGCUCUACGCACAGAUUGAGCGCCUCAUGGAGAGCGUAAAGGUCACUCCUGCACAGGUUGCCGAGGAACUGAUGAAGAGUGAUGACGCUGAUGUUGCCCUUGGAGAGCUCGUUAAGCUACUUAAGACGACCGAGACUAAAAUAGAUCAUGAAGUUGGCGACAGGGUUGAACAUCUGAAACCAAAGAGGCAGAAGGCUGGGAACAAGCAGCAAAGGAAAUCUCACAUGAGAAGAAAAUUAAGUCAUGCACCCGAAGAAUAGUCAUGCCAUAUAUAUAUAUAUAUAGGGUAAAGACACUCUUCUUUCCUCAGGUGUGGUGAAAAAUAGAGACCUCCCUAGAUUUUAAAAUUUUCAAGAAUCUACUCAGAGGUUUUGAAAUCUAAAGGAAGUCUUGGGUUUUAUGAGACCUUAAAAGGGUCAUUAAUUUUUAUUUUUAUUUUUUAUCAAAACUAAUGGGGUGGAAAGUUAGUGCCUCUUAUGUUAAUAUAUAAUAUGGUUUCUUAAAGGCUUUUGGCCAA